CACCAUCGUAUAGGAUGCACGUCGGAGUGCGUUUUGGAUGAAGUCCCUCACUGGGUUCGUAGAUCCCUCAAGUUUACCGUGCUUGGCCCUCGGUCUUCGCUCCUCGCUCGCGGCGUCGGAGCGCAGGGCGCCCCUGGGCCCCGCCUGGCCCCUGGCCUCGUCGGCGGCAUCGCAAAGUCAAGCUGGCGCCGUGCAACUGGCUCAGCGAGAACUGCAACGAGUCCAAGUGCUGCAACGACCCCGGCAUGAUGUGCUACGCGAAGAACGAGUACUGGGCCGAGUGCCUCGAGGCGUGCGACGCCGGAGAGAACGACACCGCGGGGCCGGACGCCCUGCCCUGGUCCUGCAAGGAGCUCGGGAUGAGGACGGCCCCCGCCGUCGUGGUGCAGGAGAGACGGCGGAGGAGGUCGUCGCCUGCAGCGUGCGCGGCGAGGACUGUGCCCGGAGCAGGUGCUGCGAGGAGACGGGCUACAAGUGCUACGAGAAGAAUUCGUCGUUCUCCGGCUGCCGCACCGAGUGCAAGCCAGGCUUGUACGACCCCACGGGUACCGAUUGGAAGCCGUGGACGUGCGUGCUGAAGUCGGAGGCGAACCCCCUGGCGUCCCAGGGCAAGGCCUCUGGCCAAGGUGGCUCGGGCGCGGGUCGGGUGUUCGGUGUUGCGCUGGCUGCGAUCCAGGAAGAGGUGGAGGAGAUCGACAUGAAGCAGAUGAUGGCGCGAACGUGAGCCGAGAGCCGAGGCCUCCUCCGCGCGACAGCAUGCCAUGUUUGUCCAGGGCUCUGUCGAGCAUCUGCAUGUUCGAAUAGGCCAUUGCCACCAAAAGGGUGGCUCGUGUGCGAGCCUCGGCGGCAUUACUCCUCCUCCUCCUCCGCCUCCUCCUCCUUCUCCUCCUCCUUCGCCUCCUC